GUAAUAGAGAAGAGGAAACCUAAUCAAUGACCAGGGAAUAAUGGAAGAAGAUGGAAAAGAACUUGUUUGAUGGGUUGCAAGAGUGGAGCCUUCUGUGAGACAUGGAUAGAUGCAAACAUGUAGGGCGGUUGCGGCUGGCCCAGGACCACUCCAUCCUGAACCCGCAGAAGUGGUGCUGUAGGGAGUGCACCACCACCGAGUCGGUGUGGGCUUGUCUCAAGUGCUCGCACGUGGCCUGCGGUCGCUACAUUGAGGACCACGCCCUGAAACACUUUGAAGAGACUGGACACCCACUAGCCAUGGAGGUCCGGGAUCUCUAUGUGUUCUGUUACCUGUGCAAGGACUACGUGCUCAAUGAUAACCCGGAGGGGGACCUGAAGCUGCUGAGAAGCGCUCUCCUGGCGGUCAGGGGCCAGAAGCAGGACCUGCCCGGGAGGCGAGGUCGGACUCUGCGGUCCAUGGCCUCAGGCGAGGACACCCUGCGCAACCUGGGCAACACCUGCUACAUGAACUCCAUCCUGCAGGUGCUCAGCCACCUCCAGAAGUUCCGAGAGUGUUUCCUGAACCUCGACCCUUCCAAAACCGAACAGCUCUUGAACAGAGCCGCCAACGGGAAGGCCCCGCUCGCGGGCAGGCUGGCCAGCAGCUCAGCCACCGAGCUGUCGCCAAGGAGCCACAGGGCUGAGUCUUGUGAGCGGGAUGGUCUCUUCUGGAAUGGCGGCGCCUCCAUCACCAAGAGCCUCGAACUCAUCCAGAACAAGGAGCCAGGCUCAAAGCACAUCUCCCUCUGCCAUGAACUGCACACCCUUUUCCGAGUCAUGUGGUCCGGGAAGUGGGCCCUGGUGUCACCCUUCGCCAUGCUUCACUCCGUGUGGAGUCUGAUCCCUGCCUUCCGCGGCUACGACCAGCAGGACGCUCAGGAGUUUCUCUGCGAGCUGUUGCACAAAGUGCAGCAGGAACUCGAGUCGGAGGGCACAACGCGCCGGAUCCUCAUCCCCUUCUCCCAGAGGAAGCUCACCAAACAGGUCUUAAAGGUGGUGAACACCAUAUUCCACGGGCAGCUACUCAGCCAGGUCACAUGUGUAUCAUGCAAUUACAAAUCCAACACCAUUGAGCCCUUCUGGGAUCUGUCCCUGGAGUUCCCUGAACGCUAUCACUGCAUAGAAAAGGGGCUUGUCCCUUUGAAUCAGACAGAGUGCCUGCUCACUGAGAUGCUGGCCAAGUUCACAGAGACAGAGGCCCUGGAAGGGAGAGUCUACGCUUGUGACCAGUGUAACAGCAAACGACGAAAAUCCAAUCCAAAACCCCUUGUUCUGAGUGAAGCUAGAAAGCAGUUAAUGAUCUACAGACUACCUCAGGUCCUCCGGCUGCACCUUAAAAGAUUCAGGUGGUCUGGCCGUAAUCAUCGAGAGAAGAUUGGGGUCCAUGUCGUCUUUGACCAGGUAUUAACCAUGGAACCUUACUGCUGCAGGGACAUGCUCUCCUCUCUUGACAAAGAGACCUUUGCCUAUGAUCUCUCCGCAGUGGUCAUGCAUCACGGGAAAGGGUUUGGCUCAGGACACUACACAGCCUAUUGCUACAACACAGAGGGAGGUUUUUGGGUCCACUGCAAUGACUCAAAGCUGAAUGUAUGCAAUGUCGAGGACGUGUGCAAAACUCAAGCCUACAUCCUCUUUUACACUCAAAGAACAGUUCGGGGCCACGCAAAAACCCCCGAAACACACCUCCAAGCUCAGGUGCAGACCAGCAACAACCACGAGGGCAGACCACGGACCUUCCCCUGAAAGGGAGGCACAGAUCACAGACUGGCUUGCUUUUAAACUAUUGGUGUCGGUACAUCUUUCCUGAUAGGAAAUGAGGUUUACUGCAGGAACAGGUUACUGGGUUUGCCUUACUGGGUCUAGAGCAGAGGUAGCAGGUGUCUCAUAUGCUAUCAUAAAAUAUGUAGUCACUUUGUUUUGAAUGGAUUUGGAAAGUCCCUCCUUUGAUAAAACAAAUCAAAAGUAGUAACUUGUAUGAAGCUUCAUCAGUUACUUCUGAAUAUAGAGGGAUCUGGGGAGAGCAAAAAGGGAGUAAGCUAAUCACAUCCAGCCAGGAGAGCAGCCGUGUUUUCUUUCCAUUAUGUGAUUCCCCUGCUCAUCGGGCCUCCUUGCAGCACCAGAAGAAUCCUCCUGAUGUAAGCAGUCCAGGGCAAAGCACAUGAGGGGCCCUGGGCUAGCAGCUUUCCUGAUGGGAUUGGUUCUGAGGCAGCAGGUGAAGUCUAAGGAAUUAUUCCUACAAAGGAAGUUAUCUUCAGGGGUUGAAAACUUGCAGACUUAAAGAGUGGAAUGAGAUGCACGGAGCAAAUUUCCCCAUGCAAAAUGGGAGGUUUUUCACCUGUCAUACCUUCCCUGGGGCUUCUGAGACUGGCAUGAACAUCCCUUCAUUCUAAAGGAGAGGUUCACAUAGGGAAGCAGUAAACUGGCUCGGGACAUGUUCUGGUAGCCUAAGGACACUCCUGGCCACUCAGUCCGGUAGUGAGUCCCUGGUUCAGGUCAAGGUCUAGGACAGUGGUUCUCAACCUGGGCUGCACGUUAGAGUCACCUGGGAAUCUUUUUAA